GUGACCUUUUAAUCAUUGUGUGGCCGGCCAACACUCCUGCCAUGGCCCUUUUGGCGGCUCUCCUGACCCUGGUGGCACUGGGAGGGGCCAUAGCAGAGCCAACACAGUCGAAGGUUAGAGAUGACGAGAGGACUUUCACCAUCGACUACGCCAACAACCAGUUCCUAAAGGACGGCGAGCCAUUCCGCUACGUGGCCGGGUCCAUCCACUACUUCCGCGUGCUGCCCUCGGACUGGCGUGACAGGCUGAGGAAGAUGCGCAGGGCCGGCUUCAAUGUCCUGCAAACAUACGUGGAGUGGGCAAGCCAUGAGCCAGAGGAGGGAACGUACAACUUCGACGGCAUACUCGACUUGCCGACCUUCCUCAAAACAGCCCAGGAGGAGGACCUACUCGUCAUCCUGCGUCUUGGGCCCUUUGCAGAUGCUGAGAGGGACAUGGGUGGUUUACCGUACUGGCUGCUCAAUAAGAACCAGGACAUGAGGCUGAGGAGCUCGGACCCAACCGACCUCAAGUACGUGGAUGGAUAUGUUACUGGGUCUCCUUCCUCCUCUUCCUUUCUGUUCCUUCCCUUGCAUUCUUCCCUUCCCUUCUUUCUCCUUCUUAUUCCCUUCUUCUUUCCUUCUUCUCUCCUUCUCCCCUUCCCUCAUCCUCAUCCUGUUUCCUCUUAUUCUUCCUUCGUCCCUUCUCCAUCCUUCUCUCUUUCUGUUUUCUCUUUGUUCCUUCCUCUCCUUCAUCCUCCUUCUGUUUCCCCUAUUCGUCCUCGCUUCCUUUUCCCUUCUUUUUCUCUUUAUCCUCCAAUCCAACCUUUUGUUUUUCCCUUCCGUUUCCUUUCUCUUCCUAUUCUGCUAUUCUUCCCUUCCCUUCAUCCUCCUCCUCCUUCCUUUUUCUCUGUCCCUACCCUUCCUUUCCUUCCUUUCUUUUCCUUUCUCUUCCUACCCUUUUAUUUUUCCCUUCCCUCCAUCCUCUUCCUUCCUUUUCUUCUGUCCCUAUCCUUCCUUCCAUCUUCUUUACACCCUUCUUUCCUUCCCUUUCCCUUCUGCUUCCUUUGUCAUUCUCUCCUACCCUUUCAUUCCUCCCUUCCUCCAUUCUCUUCCUUGCACCAUCUUCCUUCCCUUCCCUUCCUUCCUUUUCCUUUGUCCCUUCCCUUCCUUCCAUCCUCUUCUUUCCAUCUCUUUCCAUCCUUUUCCCUUUUGCUUCCUCUGUCUUUCUCUCCUACCCUGCUCCUCUUCCCUUUCUUCCUCCUCUUCCUUCCCUUCCCUUUCUCCUCCCUUCUGUCAAUACUUCAGGUGGAGAACGAGUAUGGAAGUUACCCAGACUGUGACUUCGCCUACACCAGCCACAUGCGGGACCUGGUGCGGGCGGGCGUGGGGGACAAGGCAGUUCUCUUCACCACGGACGGGGCUGGAGUGAACUACCUCAAGUGUGGCAAGAUCCCGGACGUCUAUGCCACUGUGGACUUUGGCCCGGGGACAGACGUCGAGGCAGCCUUUGAGGCCAUGAGACUGUUUGAACCGCGAGGGCCGCUGGUCAACUCCGAGUACUACCCCGGCUGGCUGGACCACUGGGGCGCCCCGCAUGCCAAUGUUGAGACGGAGGCUAUCAUCAAGACCAUGGACGAGAUUCUUGCCCUCAACGCCUCAGUUAAUAUGUACAUGUUCCACGGUGGUACCUCCUUCGGCUUCACGGCAGGAUCUAACCUCGGGAGCACCUUCCAGGCCUGCCCCACCUCCUACGACUACGAUGCGCCGCUCUCAGAGGCCGGCGACCCCACUGAGAAGUACUGGGCCAUCCGUAACCUGACGAGCAAGUACUUGCCGCUGCGUGCGGCCGCGGGGAGUGUGUUCCAGAUGGCCGACCUCCUCCAGACCGUCACCAACAAGUGGCCGCUGACCUUUGAGCAGCUCCUGGUCCCCAACGGCAUUGUGGUGUACAAGACAGUCCUUCCCUUCAGGAUAGCUGAUCCGGCGCGCCUCACCCUCGGGGACAUCCACGACCGCGGGUACGUGUUCGUGGACGCCUCCUUUGCCGGGAUGGUGAGCCGCGAGCAGGACAUGUACGACCUGGCCAUCUAUGCACGGCCCAACCAGACCAUCAGCAUCGUUGUGGAGAGCCAGGGACGAAUCUGCUUUGGCUCCCACAUCAAUGACUUCAAGGGGCUCACCACCAACGCCACAAUCAGCGACCACACCCUUGAGAACUGGUCCAUGGUGCCGCUCCCCCUCACCAACUCCAAGCGCCUCGCCUCCGCCAUAUCCCGCCUCCAUCGCUGGGCCACCUCGGAGCGCCUGCCGAUGCACCGCCUGAUGGGCACAGAAAAGGGUGGGAUGACCUUCUACAGUGGGUCCUUUGAGGUUCCGGACAACUCCUCUCACCCCAUGGACACUUUCCUAAGGCUGGAUGGUUGGAACAAGGGCAUUGCAUGGGUCAACCACUUCAACCUGGGGCGCUACUGGCCUGAGGUGGGGCCACAGGUGACGCUGUAUGUGCCUGCCGGGGUGCUGAAGCAAGGCACCAACUCCCUCUUGCUGCUGGAACAAGAGGCCGCACCGUGCCUCUCCCCCGACACCUGCUACGUCACCCUGGAGGACACUCAUGUGAUUGACGGCCCCACCCCAGAGUGACUUGGGCCUUCCCCUAGGUCAAGAGGCUGAGGGGCUGCGGUCGGUAUUGUUAAACAUAUCAGCACCUCAGUUCACCCAACGUUGCUGGAUUGUCGUACUCAGCCGAUUAUAUUUCCCGACUUCCUACCCCUCAACUGUCUUCUGGGCUCCAAUAAUGAAACUCAUUUAUAGUUAUCGUUAAAAGAGUUAGAUCCUGAUGUUUCUUGGCCGCAGUUAGGCAUCAGAAACCGGUAAAUACUAUGCUUUGAGUACGAUAAUCUGGCAACGGUGAGUUCGCCUGUUUGAAAAACCUCUCAUAGAAGUUGCUUGGGUUUUCAUGGACUGCUUUGUGAUGCUCGUGAUAGUUCUCCCUGACUUCUGUAUCUUAAACGGAAAAGUCACCCUCCAUGACAACAUGGUUAACCUUCUCUGUGGGCUUCGGAAACAGUCGUAUUGGGAGCCUGAUACGUUUAAGAAUAAGGACCUGUGUCUCGUUGUGUUAUGAAUGCAUUUUUACUCUUUAUACUUGUUGUUUUAUACAAUACACAUAUAUAUACUUGUUACCUAUUGCUCAAGUGAUUUAACCCCAUAGUCUCAAGCAUAUCAAGGCCCACACCCACAUUUGUUAAGGGUAUUUCCAUGAAUAGUUUUACAAGCCUGGCGAUAGUUUGACAAGGCUUCUGCUACGUGAAAUCCAGAAACACUCAUGAAAUCCCAGCUCCUCUCAAGCAUAUCCAAGGCUUUCGUAGAGGUUGCGUUGGGUAUUUCCAUGAGUAGUUUUAUGAGCCUGGUGAUAGUUUGAUGAGGCUUCUGCUACAUGAAAACCCAAGUUCUCUCCUCUGUGACCUUUGAAAAUAGUUGUGGGAGCUGAAAGUGUCUGAGAAUAUGUAAGAUACUAGUCAAUUUAAAUGGUUCUUGUGUGUUUCUAUCCAUGGGUGCAAGAAUAUAGUCAAAAGGAAUCGAGUUACUUAACCAUUUCAGUGAGUUCCUGGUUUAGAGAGGUGCGCAACUAUCUGGGCAUUAGGAAGUGUGGGCAUUGAGUCAGGUAUUAUUCUUGGUUGUGAAUGAGAAUGAUUACCAAGUUGUGUUUUAUGCCUUUACCAAUCAUUUAAGAAGGAAUAUAAUCGAUGAUUUCAGUGAGUUCAGGGUUUAGAGAAGAGCACAAGUAUAAGGGCAUUAGGAAGUGUGGGCAUUGAGUCAGGUAUUAUUCUUGGUUGUGAAUGAGAAUAAUUACCAAGUUGUGUUUUAUGCCUUUUCCAAUUAGUUCAGAUGGAAUAGAAUUAAUGAUUUCAGUGAGUUCCUGGUUUAGAGAGGAGCACAACUAUCUGGGCAUUAGGAAGUGUGGGCAUUGAGUCAGGUAUUCUUCUUGGUUGUGAAGAAGACUAGUUAUCAAGUUGUGUUUUAUGCCUUUACCAGUCACUUAAGAAGGAAUAGAAUUAGCGAUUUCAGUGAGUUCAUGGUUUAGAGAGGAGCACAACUAUCAGGGCAUUAGGUGCUGUGUGCAUUGAGUCAGGUAUUCUUCUUGGUUGUAAAGAAGAAUAGUUACCAAGCUGUAUUACUUUUUAUCCUUACUUAUUUACGUAACACUUCCUGUGGUACCAAAUAGUAUCUUUUUCUGUGACUGAACUAUAACCAGACUUACUCAAGGUUUGCAAUCUGCCCACCUAUUUUUACUUAUUAUUUACUUAACAGUUGCUGUGUAACCAGAUAUCUUUUUCUGAGACCAAACUCUAACCAGACUUACUUAGGGCCACUUUCACAGUUGGCCGUGAUGGGUUAGUAAGCCCCCAAACCAAUACCAAAGACUUAAAAAAUGCCUUGUGUAGUGUUUUGCAUCCAUAUUUUUGCUAAGAAAGUUGAGGAAACCAUAUGGAAAGUCUCUUGUGUAUCUGGUGUUGCAUGUAAAACUUAACCAUUAUGGAGUGUAGAAGAUUGAAAAGUUUGGUUUGGGUGAUUACAAAGCCACUGUGUUGAACUGUGAGUUUGGCGCUUAGAGUAUAUCAAGGUUUGCAGUCUGUUCGAUCACUCCUGCUGUUGCCAGCUAAUAAUGCUAACCUAAAACCUGAUUCAGACAGUCCAGUAUUAUCAUGACAAGCUCAAAGGGUAACUUAAUCUUUUAUAUUUUAUUCCAUAGAGAGUUAAGAAAUUCCUAUACAACAUCAACGAAGAAUUCUGUAUUUUAUUUGUAUCAUUUCUUGCAAACGUAAUUUAGAAGGUGGAUAGCUGGUUCCUUGUUCUUAAUAACUAUAGUACAAGUUCUAAGGGCAUUCUGCAGUAUUUUGACUUCUUAUUAUCUCUUAUGUCUGAUCUAGUCCAUGUGUUGCUAGUAAGCCACCACCAUGACUAUAUACUGUGUCUUUCAUGGUAGACGGCUGUGGCAGGAUCUUUUGACUUAAUUGUACAAGAAAGGGCAAGACAGCAUGAGUCAGGGGUAUUUAGGAGCUGCAAAGGGUGGAGGCAGUACAAAAUAGGCAGAGACUUUGUUACAUUCACUACAAUACAUGGUCUGAAUUUCC